AUGGCAUCAAAAUUGCAACCAGAGGAAGCUCGCGCUGCAAUUCCCACGCACAACACGCAAUCACCACUUCUCCGCCUACCAGCCGAACUCCGCAAUCAAAUCUUCGCCCUCGUCCUCCGUCACUCACAAAUCGAUCUCUUCGUUUCGCCAACGGCAAAAGGUACAAACAUGCGAGCCAGCCACCCCACACGCACCAACUGCAUCGGCCUCCUACACGCGUGUCGCCAAACACACGUCGAGACCGCGCUACUGCUCUACGAACUAAACGUCUUUACCAUCCGAGCUUCGCACUGCAUGCAUCUCGUUGCCUUCCUGGCGCGGCGAACGGCUACGCAGAUCGACGUCAUGGCGGAAGUGCAAUGGAAGCCGGCUUUGGAUGUCAUGGGGGUUUAUGCGUGCUCGGCGGUUGAAUGGUUGGAUAUGACUACAAGGGAAAUUGACCAGCUGGAACGGAAUCGGCGCCAGCGAGAGAUUGAGGAUAGGCGUUCGAGCGCAAGAGCAAGAGGACGAUUAUAUGGAUAUGAGUGA